AUGCCAGUGUUCAGUGGGGUGUUGAAGGUGCGUGUGUGUGAGGCGGUGGAUUUGAAGCCCACCCCCUGGGCACUCCGCCAUGCAGGGGGGAAGAACUCAUCCUCAUUCCUCCUGGACCCCUACCUCACCCUCAACCUGGACCAGACCCACCUGGGACAGACCUUCACCAAGAACAGGACCAACUCACCAGCAUGGAACCAGGUACUGUACCAGAUCCACUCCUCCAGGGCAGGGCAGCAUUGGUGGCACACUUUCGCUCCAGCCCACCACAAACACACCUGAACUAAUCAUGCGCUUCAGUUUAGGGCUAGCCUAAAGGUUACAGAGGCGGACUAAUGAGAAGAAGGUGGCUGGUGUAAAUCUGGCCAACAAAAUGUUGCAGUUGGAGAUAGAUUGACAAAAAUUAUAUUAUAUUAUUCUAUUCCCAUUUUUUUGUAGGACUUUACAGCCCAGAUGACGGACGGACGGAAAUUGGAGAUGUCAGUGUUCCAUGAUGCACCAAUCGGAUAUGACGACUUUGUGGCUAACUGUAGCAUACAGCUGGAGGACAUUCUGCAGAACGGCAGCACACACUACCAGGCCUGGGUAGGAAGACGUGUGUGUGUGUGUGUGUGUGUGUGUGGGUGUGUGAGAGAGAGAAUCAUCCUUGCCUGAGACAUUGUAGUCCCCUGUAGCUCAGUUGGUAGAGCAUGGCGCUUGCAACGCCAGGGUUGUGGGUUCGUUUCCCACGGGGGGCCAGUAUGAAAAAUGUAUGCACUCACUAACUGUAAGUUGCUCUGGAUAAGAGCGUCUGCUAAAUGACUAAAAUGUAAAUGUAAAAUUAAGACAUGAAUUAGCUCCCCAAGCUAAUGCAUAGGCUUUAGCUCAGCAGGCUAACACAGUUUUGUGGCACACAGGCAAAAUUAAUUUAGGAACAUUUGUGUCUGUCUGUACCUGUGUGUGACGUGUAGAGGUUGAGGGGGCCUGCUGAGGGCUGGGCUGAUGAGUAUGUACAGUGCCUUCAGAAAUUAUUCAUACUCCUUGAUUUAUUCCACAUUUUGUUGUGUUACAGCCUGAAUACAAAAUUGAUUAAAUACUUUUUUUUUCUCACCCAUCUACACACAAAACCCCAUAAUGACAAAGUGAAAACAUUUUAAAAGACAUUUUAGCAAAUGUAUUGAAAAUGAAAUACAUAAAUACAUAAAUACAGUAUUUCAUUUACAUAAGUAUUCACACCACAGAGUCAAUACAUGUUAGAAUCACCAUUGGCAGCGAUUACAGCUGUGAGUCUUUCUGGGUAAGUCUCUAAGAGCUUUGCACACUUGGAUUGUACAAUAUUUGCACAUUAUUAUUUUUUACAUUCUUCAAUCUCUGUCAAGUUGGUUGUUGAUCAUUGCUAGACAGCCAUUUUCAAGUCUUGCCAUAUAUUUUCAAGCUGAUUCAAAUCAAAACUGUAACUAGGCAACAAUGUCGUCUUGGUAAGCAACAGUGUAUAUUUGGCCUUGUGUUUUAGGUUAUUGUCCUGCUGAAAGGUGAAUUUGUCUCCCAGUGUCUGUUGGAAAGCAGACUGAACCAGGUUUUCCUUUUAAGAUUUUGCCUAUGCUUAGUGCUAUUCCGUUUCUUUUUAACCCCCAAAACUCCUUAGUUCUUGCCGAUGACAAGCAUACCCAUAAUAUGAUGCAGCCACCACCAUGCUUGAAAAUAUAUAGAGUGGUACUCAGUGAUGUGUUGUGUUGGAUUUGCCCCUAACAUAACGCUUUGUAUUCAAGACAUUAAUUUAAUUUCUUUGCCACACUUUUUGCAGUUUUACUUUAGUGCCUUAUUGUAAACAGGAUGCAUGUUUUGUAAUAUUUUUUAUUCUGUACAGGCUUCCUUCUUCUCACUCUGUCAUUUAGGUUAGUAUUGUGGAGUAACUACAAUGUUUUUGAUCCAUCUUCAGUUCUUUCCUAUCACAGCCAUUAAACUCUGUAACUGUUUUAAAGUCACAACUGGCCUCAUGGUGAAAUCCCUGAGAGGUUUCCUUCCUUUCCAGCAACUGAGUUAGGAAGGGCGCCUGUAUCUUUGUAGUGACUGGGUGUGAUCAUCCAUGUCAUCCAUGUAGUGACCAUCCAAGGUGUAAUCAAUACCUUCACCAUGCGCAAAAAGGGAUAUUCAAUGUCUGCUUUUUAUUUAUUUUAUACCCAUCUAGCAAUAGGUGCCCUUCUUUUCAAGGCAUUGGAAAACUUCCCUGGUCUUAGUGGUUGAAUCUGUGUUUGAAAUUCACUGCUCGACUGAGGAACCUUACAGAUAAUUGUAUGUGUGGGGUACAGAGAUGAGGUAGGCAUUCAAAAAUCAUGUUAAACACUAUUAUUGCGCACAGAGUGAGUCCAUGCAACUUAUGUGACUUGUUAAGCAAAUUUUUACUCCAGAACUUAUUUAGGCAUGCCAAAGCAAAUGGGUUGAAUACUUAUUGACUCAAGACAUUUCAGCUUUUCAUUUUUAAUACAUUUCUAAACAUUUCAAAAAACAAAAUUCCACUUUCACAUUAUGGGGUAUUGUGUGUAGGCCAGUGACACAUAAUCUUAAUUUAAUCCAUUUAAAAUUCAGGCUGUAACACAACAAAAUGUGGAAAAAGUCAAGGAGUGUGAAUUCUUUCUGAAGGCACUGUAACACACACACACACACCCUAGGGCUUCCUGUCCUGCUCUGUCAACCAGCGUGAGGUCAGAGUGUGCAGAUCAAUGGAUCACUCCGCUGAUCGAUCCGUUUUUAUUGAUGAGCCAGCCUAGUCAAUACUCUCUCUCUGUACUGCUACAGCUAGUUACCCUCUACCCUCCUCUCCUGUCUCUGUGGUGACAUCACUGACUGUGGCCUCCUGGGUAAUAACUGGAUGGUUGCCGGGCAGUGACAUCACUGGCUACGCCCCUCAGUGACCCUCGGUAGAAGUAGGGCAGACUGGGUUUAAGAUGCCCUGGUAAACACACACACACACACACACACACACACCAAUGGGCCAGUGCGUUCACAAGCACAAAGGCACUGGAAAUGGAAACCUGAUCAACAAUACAAUCUGUGUGUGUUUGUGUGUGUCUACCUAAUGUGUGUCAUAUAUGGCCUUAGUGAAAAGGAUGAAAUAGGGUGACUUAAAAAGUGAUUUUUAUUAAUAAAUAGCAUUUAAAACUCCCUUACUUUGGCAAUGUUUACCUAUCUAUGUCAUGGCAAUAAAGCAGAUCGAAUUUAAUUUGAGAUAAAGGGAGAGAGAGAAAGGGAGGGAGAGAAGUUACUGGACUCAAGGGAGAAGAAGAGGGAUAGAGAGAUGAUGAUAGGAAGCGGUGCAGACACAGUGUAAGUGUAACGUGAGCUGUGUGUGUGAACUGUCAGUGUGUGUGUGUGUGUGUGUCAGGGAGUGAGAACUCAGAUGUGUAUUUAAUGCUGGCCUCAGUCUGCAACCUACUUUAGGUUCCCUAGACACCAGACACUCACAGAUCACACUCACACCCAAUGAUACGGUGUGUGUGUGUGGCUGGGGCUGUAUCCCUGCAUCCUAAUUGGCUAACCAGAUUAAUGAGGUGAACUAAUUUUUCCAUGUCCAUGGCGACAGUAAAGUAGUUAAAGUCUCAGGAAUGCAAUGUCUCUGAGUGUGUGAUUCUAACUUAGCCAUCUUGUUGUAUGUGUGUGUGUUUAUAUUAGGCCUACAUACAUAUGUAAUGUGUGUGUGUGUCUGUGUAUGGUGGCAGAUCUGCUAUAUGCUCUAUGUGUGUGUGUGUGUCUGUGUAUGGUGGCAGAUCUGCUAUAUGACAGGCAGAGCGUUGCGUAAGAGGAUCUACGGCUGUCCAGAGCUUAGCCUAGGAUUUAACCCCCAUCCCUCUCUCUCUCUCUCUCUCUCUCUCUCUCUCUCUCUCUCUCUCUCUCUCUCUCUCUCUGUCUAUCCCCAGCCCCCCCUCUCUCUCUCUCUCUCUCUCUCUCUCUCUGUCUGUCUGUCUGUCUGUCUGUCUGUCUGUCUGUCUGUCUGUCUGUCUGUCUGUCUGUCUGUCUGUCUGUCUGUCUGUCUGUCUGUCUGUCCGUCUGUCUGUCUGUCCCCAGCUCUCUCUCUCUCUCCCUCUCUCUUUCCCUCUCUCUUUCUCCCUCCCCACUCUCUCUCCAUUUGGAAAAUGUAAAAUACUUGUGAGGCCAGCUGCCAUUGAAGCUAUGGAGGGUGGCAGGUAGCCUAGGUUACAGAAGCAGGUUCAAAUCCUGGUGUGGGUAAUAAAACAUGUGAGAAUUAACUGACAACACCUACAUGGCUCCAGGAGCUAUAGGUGCUCCUCUCAAUAAUAUGUGUUUGAAUGUCUGGGUGUUGGAGAUACAUUUCCGUCAUAACAGCUGGACUAUACUACUAUUCUAUGAUGUCAUUGGUGUGUGUGUGUGUGCAUACAGUGUGUUGUACAUCAAAACAGACUGUCUUUCUCUCUCUCCAGGUUGAUUUAGAACCAGAGGGGAAGGUCUAUGUGAUUAUCGAUCUGUCAGGAUCUUCUACUGAAGGUAAAACUACUCUACCCACAACCCUCUGCUUCACCCACAACCUACUGUUCUACCCAUAGAGAGUGAGGUCAGACACCAGCCCUAGGGCUAUUGUUGGAAGGCCAGUCGGUAAAGCUGUGUGUGUGUUUGUGUGUGUGUGUGUCUCUCUCUCAAUCGAUUCUCAUUCCUUUGUCCUGCACCCAGCCUCACACAAGCUCUGAAGUCGGAAAGGUAUCGAGAGCUCUCUCAGGGGAGUCGCGUGGGUGAACGGAAGGGUAGGAGAGAGGGAGAGCCGAGGCGAGAAGAGAAGCGCGAGAGAGAAGAAGAGGCGAGCGAGUAGAUCGGAGUGAGAGGGCAGCUGAGAGAGCUGCGGCUGCGCGGAGAGAGAGAGUGAGCGCUCUCAGGUCUGAGUAGUCUCUAUGAGGGGGCGUACUCUAUCUUCGCUCUCUCUCUCUCUCUCUCUCUCUCCUCUCUCUCUCUCUCUCCUUCCCCUCUCUCUCUCCCUCUCUCUCCCUCAACAUGUCAUUGACUAGAUCAAUAUGAUAUUGCAAUCUGAUGCCUGACUGGUAAUUUAGAUGUUUUGGCAUUUAAUCAUUGGUUAAUUUGUGCAGCCGGACUGCUUCCCAGACCCCCUCUCACACCUGAACUUCCUCCGAGUUCAGCUGGCUAAUUUAUGCUUAUUAUUCAUUUGUACUAUAUUUGUAUAUAAGGACUGGCAAGAACUGGGGAGUCAAAAAGAAUAACAGAGAGAGAGAGAGAGGGGAGAGGAGAAAGAUGUAUUUUUAGGAGUUCUUCUCUCUGCAAUCUGUUCUGUGCUGCUCAGGGGCCUUCUCUCGUCCCCUUCCUUCCCCUCCCUCCAUCAUCUCUCUUUCUUCUGCUGCGUAUCCUCCUAUACUUCUUCUACCUCUACUCCACCAUUCGCUCCUCUUCACUCCCUUUACCCUGGUUGUUGAGCUUUUAUAUACUCUCUUUCUAGCCUCCUCUCUCACUUUUCCUUACUUGAGAUCCUCUGUGAUUGUGUAUGUUUGUGUGUGUGCUGUGAUUGGUCAGUUAGUGUUCUGCGAGUUCAUAGUACACCCGUCUCCACGGCAAUCACUCACACCUGCCUAACCCCGCCCCGCUGUGUCGUGUGUGUGUGUGUGAACAGAUGGAUGAUGUAUUAUGUAAAAACACACUGAUCUCAGUAAUGGCCUGUUUAGCUGCUCCACUUUCUUGUUUUCUCUCUCAAACACACACACACACACACACACACACACACACACACACACAGUAACCACCUCUGCAAGACAACCUAGAGAGAGAGAGAGCGACAGAGAGAGAGACAGAGAGUAGGAGGAGUGGAGGUGGUUCUCUUGUCUCAUAAGGCUAAUUCGGUCCUAGGGACACAGAGAGAGGGAGAGAUGGAGGGAGGGAGGUAAAACGAUGGGGCUGGAGGAGAAGAAAAUGUUGAAAUCUUCAUAUUCUGUCCUUAGUUGUAGUGCCCACACAGAAAGACAUAAAGAGAGGUAGGGGAGGAUGGAGCGAGAGAGGGAGAAAGAUACUGUACUUUUAGGAAUGAUCUUGUGUCCAAUCCACCAUUGGACAUAAGCCUCUACCCCUACCCCAACCUUCCUUAGGCACAGGUGGAGAUGUUACAGGAUAAGUAAUAUGGUACAGGGGGUGAUUUGGGAUUGAGAAUUGGACCCCUCUUUAAUGCUGUCUGUCUGUCUGUCUGUUCGUUAGCCUCAGCAGCCAAUGAAAAUGAGGAGCGUGUGUUCCGAGAGCGGAUUGGUCCUCGGAAGCGGCAGGGGGCCGUCCGGAGGCGUGUUCAUCAGGUUAACGGACACAAGUUCAUGGCCACGUAUCUACGGCAACCGACCUACUGCUCACACUGCCGAGACUUCAUCUGGUGAGAAACUCACACACACACCAGCCUCAACCCUCUGUUCCAUCCUAGGGCUCCCUCUGCUGGUGAGACCCAGAUAAAGCAGCUCAGAAAUCAGCCCCAAUAAUUAUAAUAGAAUACACUACAUGACCAAAAGCAUGUGGACACCUGCUCGUCUAAUAUAUCAUUCUAAAAUGGGCAUUAAUAUGGAGUUGGACCCCCCUUUGCUGCUAUAACAGCCUCCACUCUUCUGGGAAGGCUUUCCACUAGAUGUUGGAAUAUUGCUGUGGGAACUUGCUUCCAUUCAGCCACAAGAGCAUUAGUGAGGUCGGGCACUAAUAUUGGGCGAUUAGGCCUGGCUCGCAGUCGGCGUUCCAAUUCAUCCCAAAGGUGUUCGAUGGGGUUGAGGUCAGGGCUCUGUGCAGGCCAGUCAAGUUCUUCCACACCGAUCUCAACAAACCAUUUCUGUAUGGACCUUGCUUUGUGCACAGGGACAUUGUCAUGCUGAAACAGGAAAGGGCCUUCCCCAAACUAUUGCCACAAAGUUGGAAGCACAGAAUUGUCUAGAAUGUCAUUGUAUGCUGUAGCGUUAAGAUUUCCCUUCAUUGGACCUAAGGGGCCUAGCCCGAACCAUGAAAAACAACCCCAGACCAUUAUUCCUCCUCCACCAACUUCACAGUUGGCACUAUGCAUUGGGGCAGGUAGCGUUCUCCUGGCAUCCGCCAAACCCAGAUUCGUCCGUCUGACUGCUAGAUGGUGAAGUGUGAUUCAUCACUCCAGAGAACGCGUUUCCAACACACUAGAGUCCAAUGGUGGCAAGCUUUACACCACUCCAGCCAACGCUUGGCAUUGCGCAUGGUGAUCUUAGGCUUGUGUGCGGCUGCUCAGCCAUAGAAACCCAUUUCAUGAAGCUCCCAACGAACAGUUCUUGUGCUGACGUUGCUUCCAGAGGCAGUUAGGAACUCACUAGUGAAUGUUGCAACCGAGGACAGACGAUUUUUACACGCUACACGCUUCAGCAUUCGGCAGUCCAGUUCUGUGAGCUUGUGUGGCCUAUCACUUCGCGGCUGAGAUGUUGUUGCUCCUAGACGUUUCCACUUCACAAUAACAGGACUUAACAGUUGACCGGGGCAGCACUAGCAGGGCAGAAAUUUGAUGAACUGACUUGUUGAAAGGGUCACUGAGCUCUUCAGUAAGGCCAUUCUACUGCCAAUGUUUGUCUAUGGAGAUUGCAUGGCGGUGUGCUCAAUUUUAUACACCUGUCAGCUACGGGUGUUGCUGAAAUAGCCGAAUCCACUAAUUUGAAGGGUUGUCCACAUACUUUUGGCGAUAUAGUGUAUUUACAUUUUAGUCUCUUAGCAGACACUCUUAUCCAGAGCGACUUUCAGGAGCAAUUAGGGUUAAGUGCCUUGCUAAACGGCACAUCGAUAGAUUUUUCACCUAGUCGGCUCAGGGAUUCAAACCAGCGACCUUUCGGUUACUGGCCCAACGCUCUUAACCGCUAGGCUACCUGCUGCCAAUAUCCCUAUUUUCUCUACAAAAUGCUGACUUUCUUUCUUUCUCACUCUCUCUCUUUGAUUUUAUAGGGGAGUACUGGGAAAGCAGGGUUACCAAUGCCAGGGUGAGUACAAGUUGUCUCUGUCUGUCUGUCUUUCUGUCUGGGUUCUUGAAUUAUUAUGAAAGUUCUAGUGAUACCUGAACAUUCUAGAAUGAAUUGAGACGUUAUUGAGAUGCACAUUGUCUUUAUGUUGUAUUAUUAUUGUGUGUUGUUCAGUGAAGUGUGUAAUUGUGGAAGUGUGUAAUUGUGUGUGUGUUUAUUGCAGUGUGCACGUGUGUGGUCCACAAGCGCUGCCAUGAGCACAUCAUCACCAAGUGUGCCGGAAUGAAGAAGCAGGAGGAUACACCAGAGGAGGUAUUGUGGACUGUUAUUGGCCACCACAGAGUUAUCAUGAUAUAUUUUGGUUUGGACCCACAAAUGCCAAACUCUGUCUAUUAUAAACUAUAGGCCUAUGUUCCUCUGUGCUCUGGUCAUAACUGUUAUAAGAGAGUGUGUAGAGAGAUGCUCCUAUGUACUAGGUGUAGAUUCCUAUCACAGCUCCAAACUCCCCCUAACUCUCCCACCCUCCUUCCCUUUCUCCCUCAUUCCCUCCCUCCCUCACUCCUUACCUCCUCCCUCUCUCCAGGUUGGUGCCCAGAGGUUUAGUGUCAACAUGCCUCAUAAGUUCAGCAACCACAACUACAAGGCCCCUACCUUCUGUGACCACUGUGGAUCUCUACUAUGGGGACUAAUGAGGCAGGGCCUGCAAUGCAAGGGUAUGGCACCUGUGUGUGUGUGUGUGUGUGUGUGUGUGUGUGUGUGUGUGUGUGUGUGUGUGUGUGUGUGUGUGUGUGUGUGUGUGUGUGUGUGUGUGUGUGUGUGUGUGUGUGUGUGUGUGUGUGUGUGUGUGUGUGUGUGUGUGUGUGUGUGUGUGUGUGUGCGUGCGUGCACGCGUGUGGUAGUAUGCAAGAUGGGUGUUCAUUGUCAACAGACGGUGUGAGUAUAAUGUAGCUCUUAACUAUGACGUGUGUGUGUGUGUGUGUAGUGUGUAAGAUGAAUGUCCACAAGAGGUGUGAGGCCAACGUAGCUCCCAACUGCGGUGUGGAUGCCAAAGGCAUCGCCAAAGUCCUGGCUGAAAUGGGAGUCACCCCUGACAAGAUCUCCACUACCGCACAGCGCAGGAAAAAGGUAUAAACACACAGACUGACGAUGGAAAUGAUGACAAUGAUAACGAUAACUUGCUCUUUCCCCUCUCUCUCUAGUUACCCCCAGGGGUAGAAUCCCUGUCACCUUCAGAACUCUCAGACGAGCUUCCCCUCACCUCCCCCUCACAGCAAGGUAAUACACACACUCACACACACACACACACACGGUCACAAACAUACUCGAAGACACAAAGUUGUCUGACUUAAUUUAUGUGUGUGUGCAGAGCUGGCAGAGUUGGAGCGGCUACAACAGGGGAUGUCGUUAGAGAUGCAAGGUUCUUCCUCCUCCUCCACUUCCUCCUACGCCUCCUCUACCUCGCGGGAGAACGGAGCAGUGAAGAGGACUCUCAAAGACUUCAGCUUCAUCAAGGUCCUGGGGAAAGGAAGCUUCGGAAAGGUGAGGAGAGAGGGAGGAGAAGGAGGGAGAGGGAGGAGCAUUUUGUCAGCCGGUAACUGUCAUGUGAAUAACUGCCGGUCUCACGGUUAUUGACCGUUAAUUAACAUAAACACGUUUAGCAUCUCCAGGCAUAGCCUACAAGCCACUGAUGCAGACCUUUGGAACAUCUACAUUUUAGUGUAAUAAAUCCAUUUAAUAUAGCCUACACCAGAGAUGGCCAACUCCAGUCCUCGGGCCGGAGUGGUGUCACACUUUUCCCCCAUCCCUAGCAGACACAGCUGAUUUAAACUAAUUGCAUUCUAAACUGAAGAUCAUAAUUAGUUGAUUAUUGGAGUCAGGCGUUUUAGCUGGGGCUGGGGGCAAAAGGUGUAACACCAAUCAGGCCCCCGAGGACUGGAGUUGCCCAUCCCUAGCCUACACCAUCACAAUAAAUCCAUUAUUUAUUUUAGGCAGGUCUAAAGAAACAUUAUGAUGUGAAGAAAAUGUAGCCUAUUUCAGAAGAACAAAAUAGCAUACUCUGAGUCGUCCUUAUGUUAGGCCCUGAUCUGGCUAUGCCAUAUGGCUGUGGGCUGGACUAGUUGAUUUAGCAGACAAGAUUAGUUUACAAUUCCCGUGGCAUUAUUUUAUAGUAAGAAGAAUACAAUUGAACAUAGCUGAAGAAAAUAAAAUAGAAAGGAUAUUUUUCCCAAACGAUUUUCGAGGGACUGCGCACAUGCGGCUAUUCUGUGUUGAGUGGUUAACAAAGUGAUAAUUUGUAACAGGUUCUCCUAUAUGCUUAAUUUAGAGUUAUUUAUGCAACUUUAGUUGUGAUACAAACCUUAGGCUAUAUGUUUUGAUUUCUAAUACAUUCUAAGGCUGCAUGAUGCAACUGUAAUAAUGAUUUGAACAAAGUCGCAUGAAAGGUGUUUCUUGCACAGGCUGCACACACUUCAUCAGUCUCUCAUUCACAAUUUGAUAAGCACUUGAUAAUAUUCUCACCCAUCAGACUAUUCUCAAUUUAAUCUGGUCUUUACAUAUAGCCUACUAACAUAUGUGUGGAAUUAUGUUUGAUUUAUAAUGGCCAACAAAAAAAUAAUGUAAUCCGUAGCCUUCACUCGAAUGGAGGUUACGUGCGGUUAGGUUUUUAAUAUGCCAGGUAGUCUGCACCGUUUGUAAAGUGGAUUAAUGUGCUUAGUUUUAAGAAUGGAGCAAUAAAUAUAGUGCCACGAAAAAGCUGGGAUCUUCUUUUAAAUAGUGGCCAGUCAAAACUCCGGAACAUAAUUACAAAUAAUUUGUAGACUGCAAACUGACCGCAAGAAGCCCAAACAGAUAUAAUGUUUGUCUAAAACAUAAUCAUUUAAAAACUUGCCUACAUUUGUAUACGAUCACGUGUCUCUCUAUUACGCAUGGGAGUACUUGGGAACAGAUUUCUGUAAAAUAUUUUUUCUCCGAAUAAUUGGGGGGGGCCAAAUAAAACCACCCGCGGGCCACCAGUUGGGGAACCCUGCACUAGGCUCUCUGUAGGCUAUGGGCACUCCAACCCUGCUCCUAGGCCUUUAGAUUACACUUGGAGUUAUUUGGCCACUUUAGUUGUAAUACAAACCUUAUCAAAACAUAUAGGCCUAUGGGCUAGGAUACAUGAUGCAUGUGACUAUGAUUUGAAAAAGUCGCGCUGUUUCUGGCCUUAGACUGCACACGCUGGGCAUCAUUCACGUGAUAAUAUUCUCACCCAUCAGACUAUUCUCAAUUUAAUCUUGUCUUUACAUAUACUAAAUAAUAUAUGUGUGAAAUUAUACUUAACAAAAAUAUAAACGCAACAUGUAAAGUGUUGGUCCCAUGUUUCAUGAGCUGAAAUAAAAGAUCCCAGAAAUGUUUCAUAUGCACAAAAAGCUUAUUUCUCUCAAAUUUGUUUACAUCGCUGUUAGUGAACAUUUCUCCUUUGCCAAGAUAAUCCACCCACCUGACAGGGGUGGCAUAUCAAGAAGCUGAUUAAACAGCAGGAUCAGAUGCACCUUGUGCUGGGGACAAUAAAAGGCCACUCUAAAAUGUUUUGUCACACAACACAAUGCCACAGAUGUCUCAAGUUUUAAGGGAGCGUGCAAUUGGCAUGCUGACUACAGGAAUGUCCACCCGAGCUGUUGCCAGAGAAUGUAAUGUUAAUUUCUCUACCAUAAGCCAUCUCCAAUGUCGUUUUAGAGAAUUUGGCAGUACAUCCAACCGGCCUCACAACCGCAGACCUCGUGUAACCAUGCCAGCCCAGGAUCUACACAUCCGGCUUCUUCACCUGGUCUGAGACCAGCCAGCCGGACAGCUGAUGAAACUGUGGGUUUGCACAACCAAAGAACCAGAAAGCGUCUCAGAGAAGCUCAUCUGUGUGCUCGUCAUCCUCACCAGGGUCUUGACCUGACUGCAGUUCGGAGUCCUAACUGACUUCAGUGGGAAAAUGCUCACCUUCGAUGGCCACUGGCACGCUGGAGAAGUGUGCUCUUCAUGGGUUAAUCCUGGUUUCAACUGUACUGUGUGUAUGGUGUCGUGUGGGUGAGCGGUGGCAUUGGGGUUAUGGUAUGGGCAGGCAUAAGCUACGGACAACGAACACAAUUGCAUUUUAUCGAUGGCAAAUUGAAUGCACAGAGACACCGUGACGAGAUCCUGAGGCCCAUUGUCGUGCCAUCCAUCCGCCGCCAUCACCUCAUGUUUCAGCAUGAUAAUGCACAGCCCCAUGUCUCAAGGAUCUGUACACAAUUCCUGGAAGCUGGAAAUGUCCCAGUUCUUCCAUGGCCUGCAUACUCACCAGACAUGUCACCCAUUGAGCAUGUUUGGGAUGCUCUGGAUCGACGUGUACGACAGCGUGUUCCAGUUCCCGCCAAUAUCCAGCAAGUUCGCACAGCCAUUGAAGAGGAGAGGAAAAACAGGCCACAAUCAACAGCCUAAUCAACUCUAUGCGAAGGAGAUGUGUCGCGCUGCAUAAGGCAAAUGGUGGUCACACCAGAAAUUGACUGGUUUUCUGAUCGACACCACUACCUUUUUUAAAAGAUAUUUGUGACUAACAGAUGCAUAUCUGUAUUCCCAGUCAUGUGAAAUCCAUAGAUUAGGGCCUCAUUUUUUUAUUUCAAUUGACUGAUUUCCUUAUAUGAACUGUAACUCAGUAAAAUCUUUGAAAUUGUUUGCUUGUUGCAUUUGUAUUUUUGUUCAGUGUAGAAUGGGCCAUUUUCAUGCACCUGUCGGAACAGGGGCAGGGGGGAAAAAUACAUGUAAUCCGUAUGCACUUGAAUAGCGAAUGGAGGACGCUUUUCCCACGGUUCAUUUUCAUGCCAGUAAGGUAGGUUACUCUGGUCGUAAAGCGAAGCAAUGUGUUUAAUAUUAGGAAAGUUGAGAAAUGUAUAUAGUAGGCCUAGCCUAUAGAAAGCUGAUGGGAUCCUACUCUUUUUAUUAGAGGUCAUCAAAACCCUGUUUUCUCACACAAUUACAUAGCAUAGCCUAUAGAAAUGUUGCGCAACAUGUGCUUAUAGGAACAUUAAUUGAAUUCCAUGCAUCAACCAGCUAUGAGGAGCUGGCUCUCGCUGCGCAACAGGUGAUCCUAUUCCACUCAAACUCUGAAGUGUAUGAUUAGAUUUUUGAUUGCAUUUGUAUUGAUGUCGGAGUGAUUAGAGGGACAAUAGAGCGCUGAGUACCAGGCCAUUAGCGACUGGCCGUUAGCAAGUUUGGUAGGCUACUAAUGACCAUCAGCGGCAUCAUGGGGAUGGAACUGAUGUUGAAGGGUUGUGAGGUGUAAAGUCUCUCUCUCUCUCUCUCUUUCUCUCUCCCCCUCCCUCUGCAGGUGAUGUUAGCAGAGCUGAAAGGCAGUGAGGAGGUGUUUGCAGUGAAGGUGUUGAAGAAGGAUGUGAUCCAGCAGGAUGAUGAUGUGGACUGCACCCUGACAGAGAAACGCAUCCUGGCCCUGGCUCGCACACACCCCUACCUCUGCCAGCUCUACUGCUGCUUCCAGACCCGGGUACACACUACAAAUACACACGCAUGUACACACGGACACGCACACAUACACACAAACACACCCCAACCCUCUCCUCUCUUCUCCAGGACCGUCUGUUCUUCGUGAUGGAGUAUGUGAACGGAGGAGACCUGAUGUUUCAGAUCCAACGCUCCAGGAAGUUUGACGAGGCUCGCUCUCGCUUCUACGCUGCUGAAGUCACCUCUGCACUCAUGUUCCUGCACCGCAACGGGGUCAUAUACAGGUAACAUCUGACCUUUAACCCCUGACCUUGAACCACAGCCCACAUGUUCAAGCACCACAUGAUAAUUAUAUCAUGGUAACUGCUGUUAUUGAACCAGUGUUACGUUUUUUGUUGUUGGUGGCAACCAUGUCCUCUCUCUCAGGGAUCUGAAGUUAGAUAACAUAUUGUUGGAUGCAGAGGGACACUGUAAGCUGGCAGACUUUGGCAUGUGUAAGGAGGGCAUCAUCAAUGGAGUUACCACCACCACAUUCUGUGGCACGCCUGACUACAUAGCACCUGAGGUGAGCUGAGCCAGUGUUACAUACAUUUCUGUCCCAUAAGGUAUAUCUAAACAUUCCCCCGUGUCUGACGUGUGAUGGUGUUUUCAGAUCCUCAGAUGUUAAAGAUAAUGAUGAUGAUGUGUGUGUGUGUAGAUCCUGCAGGAGUUGGAGUAUGGUCCAUCAGUGGACUGGUGGGCUCUGGGAGUGUUAAUGUAUGAGAUGUUGGCUGGCCAGCCUCCAUUUGAAGCAGACAACGAAGACGACCUGUUUGAGUCUAUCCUCCAUGACGAUGUCCUCUACCCUGUCUGGCUCAGCAAGGAGGCUGUAUCCAUCCUCAGAGCUGUACGUACCAUCACUCCAUCAUUGUACACCUUUAUCUCACCCCUCUUACAUCUGUGUGAACUGAUCUCUGUCUUUCUGCAUUUCUGCAUUUCUCUCUGUCUUUCUCUAACAUCAUUGUGUCUGUACUGAUCUCUCCCUCUUACUGUUGUCUCUCCCUCUGUUUGGUGUGUGUGUGUGUGUGUGUAGUUUAUGACUAAGGCUCCAGCCCAGAGGUUAGGGUGUGUGUUGUCUCAGGGUUGUGAGGAGGCCAUUAAGAAACACUCAUUCUUCAAAGACAUCGACUGGACCCUGCUGGAGCAGAGACGACUCAAACCCCCCUUCAAACCACGCAUUGUAAGUCACAAACACACGCACACACACAAACACGUGUCUCCUGGUUGACUCCGCCUUCUCUCUCUUGCUCUCUUCUUCUCUCUCUGUAGAAGACAAAGCGUGAUGUGAAUAACUUUGACCAGGACUUCACCAGAGAAGACCCAGUGUUAACUCCCACAGACGAGGCCGUUAUCAGACAGAUCAACCAGGAGGACUUUAAAGGCUUCUCUUUCUGUGCAGAGAUACAGACUUGAGAACUCUAUGGUUUAGAUGUGUGUAUAAAGCCUGUGUUGAUUGGUUACAAAGUGUUGUGUCCGUAGAGAAGUCUGAAGCAUGGACCGGUGCUACUGGUUACUAUUAUUACUACUGUC